UGUUAAUUGAUAGCAAAGCAAUUUCGUAAAUAGUCAUCGGUUAUUCCGUAUAAAUUUAUAAUUUGUGUACGAUUAAAAGCUCUAUUUUUUUUCAUUUCUAUUUAUGCCUUACAUACUCACGCUUUACUUCUAUAUUCAGUACCUUCACUGUAAUUUAUGAAGAAAAAUUUAGAACAAAUAAAUUCUUGUAUCGACCAGACACCACGUGAAAAUUAAACGUUCAUUGUAUGAAUGUUUUUAAAUGAAUGAAUUGUAUUUUAUUCAACAGUUUCUUUUUUAAUACAGUCUGAUGUUAUUACCGUUUUAAAAGAUUAAAAAAAUAUAUCCAUUAGUGUUCUCUUUCAUAAAAUUAGUACAUUAUUUUUAAUCUUAAAAUUAAUAUAAACAACAUUAACCUUAUUUUGACAUUACAUUAAAUCGUUUUAAAUUGUUUGACUGCAGCUUUAUUUUGAAACAUUAAAAAAUGGCUGAUGAUGAAGAAGAGAAAGAAUACCGGUGGGAGACUGGUUAUGAAAAAACAUGGGAAGCAAUUAAAGAAGAUGACCAUGGAUUGUUGGAAGCAUCUGUUGCAGAUAUUAUUCAUAAUGCUAAAAGAAAGCGUCAGAUGAAUAGAAAGAUUGGUGCCAGAUUAGGAAUGAUGAGACAUCUUUAUAUAAUUUUGGAUGCUUCUGAAUCAAUGUCAAUUCAAGAUUUUAAACCAACACGUUUUUUGUGUUCUUUAAAACUUUUAGAAGAUUUUGUGGAUGAAUUUUUUUAUCAAAAUCCUAUAAGUCAGCUGGGAAUAAUUAUUACAAGAAAUAAAAGAGCAGAAAAAGUGAGCGAAUUAGUUGGAAAUUCCAAGAAACAUAUCAAGGAAAUACAAAACAUGCAACAGAUUACACCAGCAGGUGAACCCUCGCUGCAAAAUUCUCUAGAAUUAGCUUUAAAAUCUUUACGCCUUCUGCCAUCACAUGCUAGUAAAGAAAUACUUGUAAUCAUAGGAGCCCUUACCACUUGUGAUCCAGGAGAUAUUAAUGAAACUAUACAAAGCAUGAAAACAGAUUGUGUAAGAUGCAGUGUGAUUGGGUUAGCUGCUGAAUUAUAUAUUUGUAAAAGAAUGGCAACUGCAACUGGUGGAGAACAUGGAGUUGCAUUAGAUGAUAAACAUUACAAGGAACAGUUGAAUAUGCACAUAGAUCCACCGCCAGCUGCGACUAGACUAGAUGCUGCUCUUGUAAAAAUGGGCUUUCCUCAUCAUGCACUGCAUUCUUCUGUAAACGAUUCUGCUAUGGCAGUAUGUAUGUGCCAUGCAGAAAAUUCUGAAGAAUCUGUUAAACUUAUUAGUACAGGGUAUUUGUGCCCGCAGUGUCUCAGUAAACAUUGCGAACUUCCUGUUGAGUGUAGAGCAUGUGGGCUAACUUUGGUAUCUGCUCCGCAUCUAGCUCGAUCCUAUCACUACUUGUUUCCUGUUGAACCUUUCGACGAAAUCGUAUACGAUGGAACUCCUUCGCUUUGUUACGGUUGUCAGAAAAACUUUUCACAGCUAGAUAAAAAGGUAUACGUUUGCAAUAAAUGUAGCCAAACAUUUUGCUUAGAUUGCGAGAUAUUCAUUCACGAAUCUUUACAUACAUGUCCAGGAUGCGCUACAAAUCCAGAUACAUAUCAAAGAUCAACGGAUAGAUCGUAAUUUAUUAAAUACAUACGUGAUUGAAAACGAAGAAGAGGACUCGGGAUGGCGAACCGUUUGUGGAAGGCGCUGUCCCGAAGACGCAUCGACGACAGCCAGGACAGCAAGGGUGAAUUGGCUCGGGUUCUAGGCCUUU